AAAGAGGUUAGUGAAUGUGAUUUAAAUUUCACUUCAACUUCAAGUUUUAAUGUGUGUUUCAAUUUUAAAUUCUGGUUCAGUUCUAUAUUUAAUUUACUUCGCUGUUACUUCAACACAUUUACUCUUUAAAACAAAAAAUUAGUUAGUAAUAAUAAAAACACUUAAAUAAAAGUGAUAUUAUAGAUCUAAUAAUAUGAAUAUUAAAAACAAUUAUCAUGUAAGCCAAGCGUAUUGAAGAGUAACAAUAAUAUGCAUCUCAUAUCUAGAUGA